UUGUCUGUGGCGUUUCCUGUGCGCGUUUAUUUCAUUCGGCUUUGUGUGCGUAAUGUAAUAAAAAAACAAAAAUAUUCAAUUAGCAUUGAAUUUUAUUUUCAUUUUUAACUCCAUUAACUUUUAUCAUCCUAAUACGGUAAUAAUUAUAGUUAUGUGUAUUGCGUAUUAAAGAUAAACUACCAACGCGCGCCCUUUCUUGUUAGAUUGAUUUCAAAAUGGCGUCAGAACGCGAGUGUGUUUAUAGAUUCGACGCGAUGGCAUGUGUGUUGAAAGCAGGCUAAAAAUAGAGAACUUGCAUAAAGCUAGUUGCAUAAAUUCUGAUGAACAAUGUCCAACACAGUGAUUACAAACUAUACGGACCUCAAUGGGCCGUCGACGAAAACUGAUAGUUCAGUGGUUGUUAUUGUAAACAAGGAUGGAUCCUUGUCAGUGGAUCAAAAUUUAUUGGAUACUCUCAUGGGUACAGAUGGAUCUCAAGCUGCCGGUAUAAGUGUGGUGAGGGUGGGUCAUGAAGGUAAACCUGAUGAUGCAACUGACUCAGAAAGCGAAGAUGAUAAAAUUCCCCAUGUUACAUUAUCAGUAGACAGCUAUUAUGAUGAACCACAAAGCAUCAUUAAAUAUGACAGUGGAGCAGAAAUGUUGCAGUCAUUAAGAAUAGAAACAAGAGAAAACAGCUUGGUGGGAUUCCAAAACGACCACUGCUAUACACCACUUAAAUCACCAAGCCAGGGUUUACCACAAAGAAGUGAACAGUUUAAAUUUGAUGACCCUGUCAUUGAAAUAACACGUACACCACCACCAAAACCAGUUACUACUCCAAAAAAAAUCACCAUUCUGGAGCAACAGAUAAUACCUAAAGGAAAAAAGAUUGUCUUAAAUACAGCAGAGCCCUCUAUUAUUCUAAAGAGUAACGAUUUAUUAACUAAACCACUACCUGUGUUUACGAAAGCUAAAAUUUUGAAUGAAGUGGGAAAAGCCCCUGUGACAGAGGAAAAUACAGAAUCCUCAUCAAUCAGUUCUUCAGGUGACAGUAUAGCUGACCGAGACUCUGAUUCUGAUUACAAAGAAACAAAGGACAAAACAGUUGCAUUCAAACCGAAAAAGCUCAAAUCGAAACCCAGGAUUUUGAAGAGUGUUUCUAGAGUUGUUAAAACAGAUCCUAAAUUAGCACCAAAAUUAAAAAUCAAUAAAGCUAUACUAAAGAAAGAUAUUAAGGAAAAGCUUUUAAGUAAAAACCCAUACUUGGAAAAGAAACAGGUGGAUUUAGAAAAUUUGAUUCCUGCUACAACUGUGACUGCAACUCUGACCACUCCUUCAGAAGCCAGUAAGUCUGCUCCAAAAGUAACACCAAAAAUUAUUAAGAAGGAUAAGAAAACACCAGCACACGUGUCUGCUCUAUUAACAGAUAUGACAUCAUUAUUUUCUACACCAGAUGUUAUUAGGAGGGUUUCAACAGAAACUAAAGUUCCGGCUAAAAUAGACAAAGAAACUGUACCUACUAGGAAAUCUGUUGACAGUAGUAAACCUGAAUCCUGUGAAGAAAAAGCAGUAGCACAAACAGUCCCAGAUAUAGUAAAAGAAGAAGUAAAACCUGUAGUAAAAACUUACAUUCGACAAAUUAAAGUCGGAGCCAAUAUUGCUGAUAAACCUAAAGGUUACGACCCGAUGCCCCAGCUGGAUGAUGCUAGCUUAGCACAGAUAUUGCAGGACAAUACUCCUCAACCAAUGAAGGUAGUGCCAAGUAUAUCUUCUGCUAACAUUAUUAACAGUCCUGGAUUGGCAGGUCCACUCUCCCCAACAUUAGAUUUACUAGCGGGCUUACAACCUGAAGAAGAUGGGUUAACUGAAGAUCUGUUGUUGCAUGUAGCUCAGUUGGUAGAGAGUUCUGAAAAUUUACAGGAAGUGAUAGACAAACAAGUUUUGGGCAAAGUGGAAACUCCAGUAAAAACCAUCCAACAACCUUACCAACACCCUCAGGCUACUAGUAAUCUCUAUACAACACCACAAAAAAUGGUAAAAAAUGUUGUUCCCCGUAAAGAUCCUAUUGAAAUUGUCAGAAAAGAUGGGCGGGUCAUAACUUUACCACCUAUAGAGGCUCCAGCCACAAGGUCAUCUAAGAGGAAAAAUCAGAUGGAUACCUCAAGCACAGAAGAGAACAUGGUAAUUGCAUCCACCACACCGACUCGGCCAGUAGUAGUUACACCAGAACCAGUAGUACAGCAAGCAACCAAACAGUACUCAAACAAGAAAUUGAUACCUAAAAAACAGGAACAAGUACAAUCUCCACCUCUUGAGAAAAUUACUGCCGAGUCACAAGAAAGCUGGAAUUCAGAAGACGAUCCUAAUAGGAUAUGGUGCAUAUGUAAACAACCACACAACAAUAGAUUUAUGAUAUGCUGUGAUGGAUGCGAGGACUGGUUCCAUGGCAAAUGUGUCAACAUCACCAAAGCCAUGGGGCAACAGAUGGAGGAGCAAGGAAUUGAGUGGAGGUGCCCCAAUUGUGUUAAGAAAACUCCGUCUGCAAAGAAUAUUAACAAGGUGGCCUCCAUGGCAAAGGACAAUGCUGGAGUAAGUACUUCACCUGCUAUAACAAAAGAAAUAACCUUAAAAACUACUUGCAUUGUAUGUAAGAAACCUGCACGAGCUAGUAGCAUUUACUGCAGCGAUGCAUGCAUACUCAAACACGCCCAAGACUCACUCGGCAGCCAGCCUGCCAUCAAAACUGACUCCCCCAGUGGCAAGCCACUCGUGAAAUCACACUCUGAAUCUAGGGUCAUUGUUUAUGAACGGAAAUCUGGGAGGCUCCUCGCGGGACCAAAUGCUCCCACGGCUGAAAAUCUUAAGAUUUGGCUUCAAAAGAAUCCGACCUUUGAGGUUGUCCGUCCUGGUACGCUGGCCGCUAUCAAGCCCAAUGUUAUACGGAAAAAACUGACACAAGAACCAAAUAAGAUUCAAACUACACUAAACUUUGCAAGGAUCCCCAGGAAGAAUGUUGAACAAUCAGAAGUAUCACCGCAAAUUAAAACUCCUCAGCAAGAACCGAAAGAAAAGGUGUUAAAAACACUUCUACCUUCACCCAGAGAGGAAAUAAAACCAACACCGAGGCCCAAAACACCGAGCACGCCAAAACUGCAGCAGCAACAAUUAUUUGAAACUCCAAAGUCUGCCAACAAAGUUGUGAGCGAACCUAAGAAACUAGUUCGAUCAACAUUAAGCAGAUCUCAGUCAUUCACUGAAAAGCAAGCGCCGGCAGUAUCGCCGUCCACGUCGCGACGAAAGGACUCUGACAGAAAACCCAGGAUGAGUUCCGAGGACCCCAUACGUGAUAAUGUGAGGAAAUCAUUACAAGAACAAAUAUCACAACGUAUGGCGGAGAGUGAUGGAUCGAAGUUCACAGAAGAGGAGAUACAACAGUUCGCGAACGAAACUGAGCUGGAACUUCACGAACUGUUCAAUAGAGACGUGGGGAUGAAAUACAAAGCCAAAUACAGGUCGCUGAUGUUCAAUAUAAAGGAUCGCAAAAAUUUGUCUCUGUGGGAAAAGAUUCGUAAACGAGUAAUAACACCCAAACAAUUGGUAAGACUUUCACCAGAAGAAUUGGCGAGUCAAGAAUUAGCCGAAUGGCGGGACCAACAAGAAAAACAUCAAUUAGAAUUAAUCAAAAAAUCGGAAAUUGAUCUUUUAGCAGCAAGCAAAACAUAUGUAUUAAAAACGCAUAAAGGGGAGGAGGUGAUGGAAACAAAAAAAUCGGUAACAACUGAAUUGGAUCCAAAUGUACCAGUGGAAGAUUUGGUCUCAGCAGUGAACGAUGCUAUCGGCGACGGUUUACCGACCGAUGGCACGACACAGCCAGAAGAGCCUGAGAUUAAAAAAGAUACGCACAAAAAACAUGGCAGCAGUAAAAAAAAAGAAAAAGACACGAGUACACGAAAGAAAGAAAAGGAAUCGAAGAGGGACUUGGAAAAGAGGUCGCGAUCGUCGAGACGAAAAUCGGAGGUCAAGGAAAAAGAGCGGCGGUCGUCACGGCGAUCUGAAAGAAAAAUGAGUCGAUCGAGAUCGAAAUCAAAGGAGAAAUCCAAACCUGAAGUGAAAGAAACUCGCGAUCGUUUGAGACACAGAUCACGAUCGAGAGCAAAGUCCAAGAGGAGGUCCAGAGAACAUUCCAGGUCUAAGUCACGGAGUCGAGGCAGGUCGCGAUCGGUGCGCAGAGCGUCCCGUCGGUCUACUUCUAGGGAUAGUAUCAAGCGGAGGUCCUCGAGGGACGAUAUGUCCCGUUCCAAGAGAAGACGAAGUUUCGAUGAGAAGAUUAAGCAUCGGUCCCGGUCGCAAGAGACUGUUUACAAUAAAAGCAAAAAUGACUCCACAGAUUCAGACUCAGUAGAAAGGCCAAAGUCUGCAAUGAUGAAAGAAAUACACCCAGAGUAUGAUCCACACGAGCCAAUGAUAACAUCUGCAUUCUCUGAGGAGGACUUGAGGAAAUCUCGCGAAGAUGUGUACGAGGACAGUUAUAAGAAUGAGGUCACCGAAUAUGGCAAUGUUGAUUAUGAUGUGAUUAAACCAUUCUCUAUCACUACAAAUGAAGGAAAUGGAGCUAUAUCGCCGCCAAAAUAUGUGGAGAAACAAGACAAAAUAUCUGAAGCUGAAAGUGACCAGGAGCCGACAAGUACCGUAGAUCAUUCAGCAGCAAUUGUGUGGAAUGGUUGUAUUAACAUGGUGGACGUGGCCAGGUUCUAUGUGGCGGCGCACGAGGUGUCAGGCAAUGCUUUAGAUCUAGAAGAUGACCUUGCAGCGGAGCUGGACAUUGUGGGCAGGAUAAACCCGGAGACAGUGUGGGACUACAUCAGUAAAACAAAGAAAACCAGCAGCAAGGACAUUAUCAUCUUGAAGCUGCAAGCCGCGAAUGAUGAAGAGAAAAUGCAAUACAUUGCUCUAUACAGCUAUCUCAGUAGUCGGAAUAGGUUGGGUGUAGUGAAAGUGUCUAACACGGCGACAGUCAAGGACUUGUACAUAGUGCCGGCGCCCGCCAACACCCCGCUGCCGUCUGUGCUGAUGCCGCUAGACGGCCCCGGCCUAGGGGAGGUCAAGACCCACCUUCUCAUCGCUAUCAUCAUUCGGCAGAGGAAGAAGCGAGCAGCCACGACCAUGAUCAAAGAUAUCGUGCCGGCAAAGGUGGCGCGCGAGUCUCGCAAGAAGUCGUACACGCCGCCGCUGUCGCCGCGCCGCCGGACUUUGCCCCUGCCGACCUACACCACGCCCGCCCUCUCCAACUCCGUUAGGGACAAAAUUGCCGCCUCAUUAGCGGCGGCGGACGAGGAGGAGGCGUACAGCCCCGGCUCGUCGACGGGCAGCAGCGGCGCGCCGGCCGACUCGCUGCGCACCAAGAUGGAGGAGCUCAACCGCCAGAUCGAGGAGCAGAAGCAGCAGAUACUGAAGAUGGCGCAGGCGGACUCCUCCGGCGCCGGGGAGAACGAGGCGUACUCGCCGUCGCGGCCCCUCACCCCUCCGUCGCCGUCGCCGUCAACAGUCGUGCCGCUGGCAGACAUCGCUCUACCUUCAAAUCUCCACGAAAUUCUUGCCACUAUCAAGCAACGGUCGGAAACGAAUGCAGAAGUUUUACCGAGCACAGAUGUUGACAUGCGUACAUUACCUUUACCCUAACUCAUUCUCCACAAUAGAUCAGUUAAUACAGUGCUAAAUAGUAGUAGUACUUACAUAAUAGCCUUCAAUACACAAGAAUUAUUAUUAUAACAGAAACACCAUUUACAAUAAUCUUAAUAUUUCUUUUAUUCGAAAUAAUCUCUUCGUAUAUGGCGUAGCAAUAAUAUAGAAAUAUGCAAAGCAUAUUUGCUGUAGUAAGACUUGGAUUUAUUUGUGUGCAAUAGGAGUGUAAUGUGUUUUAUGUCUGCAUGAUGGUGAAUUUACUUACACACAAGUGUAUUUUAUUGUUUUUUAAUUAUUUUUAUCAAUAGUACACAUUAUGAAGUUUACAAGUUUAAGGUAAAUUGUUGUAGAAUAAAAUUAACAGUGUCUUCAUAUAGAGAUGUUUCAUAUAUUGUACAAAAUUAGACUUAAUUUUAAAUGAUUUAAUAUUAAAACCCUUUAUUGUAAAGGAAUAAUAUACAUUUUUAAAUCUAAGUAAAAAUAAAAGAAUGAAAUAAAUAUUUCAAAUAUU